UUCCCAAACAGCUGUCAGCAAAACUCGUUUGUUGACGUUUUCCUCGAUUACCUCAUUCUACGAAUUUUCAAUUGUACAACAAAAAAUCAAAACAACAACGCAUAAGUCAAAUAAUUUUGGUUCAUCAAUUGGUUUGUGCAGCAAUUAAUUAGCCAGGCGGAAGGAAUUCAAUUAAUUUUCGCAGUGGUUCUACUUCCGCAUACAAAAUUAUCUGAGCAUAGAAAUUUUAAGUGAACAAAAAAUAGUGAAAGAUAGUGUGUGCGCUUGCACAUUGUUUAGUGUAGAAAGAUAGUAAAAUAUUGCGAAGACAAAAACAAAAUUGUUUGGCUGAACUUUGAUCAACCGACGGAGUGUGACGUGAGCAUUAACUAUCGUUGACCUGUCGCAUUUAAAAAUAAACCAAGUGGAAAGAAAUAUAAAUAUAAAAUAAAAACACAGUUGUCGGCGAUACUUAGCGGAGCGUUGGCAAGACGAGCGUGGGGUUGGUGGUAGUAACAGCGCGGAUAAGCAGGUGUAUAAAACAGCGCCCCUUACGUGGCAAAGCGCCAAUAUAUAAGUAUGGAGUGUAAUGAGCCGACCGCUGGGGUCACAUUAGGCAAUGAAACGAUUGCAAGCGACAGUGGGAAAUCGCAAGUUGACAAGCUUAGUUCAAGCGUAAGCGAGCAGCCACCUAAGCGUGAGAAUACGCAAUCGUUCAAAACACCACCUUCGCCACCACCCACACCCAAUUCGUUGGCCUCCUCGUCAGCCGCCUCAACAGCCUCAUCUGCCGAAUAUAACGCGUCGCAACACGACGAUCAACCGAUGGCCGAAUCCUUACCCAGUGAGCAUGAGGAGGAUGCAACAGAGCCCGUUCUGCAGCCCUUGUACGCACAAUUGCUUGAGCAGUGCGCGGAGCAUGCCAAUCACUUCAGAGAGGAUCACUCGGAGAAGGGACAGCGGCUGUAUGGCGCAUUUGUUGCAUGGCAGGACUUUAUACGUUUAGCGAAUAAGCUUGUGCUGCAAAUAGACGCGUUCGCCUAUAAAUACGACUUCGACGAACACACACCGGGUAAUGGCUAUCGCAGCUUUAUAGCUGUGACAAAUGCAGCUAUCACAUAUGGACAGAAUAUUUGCAAGAAUCUGCAUGCAACGCGUGCCACCAUGUUCUUUCGCAAGAAAUAUUAUAUGAAAGAGGUGGAGUCGUGCUCGCAGCUGCUCUCCUCGUUGUGCACCUGCCUGCAUUAUUUGCUUAUCAUGCACGAAUGGUCAUGCGAUUCGGGCGAUUUGUUCGCCAAUGGGCAUCACUCGGCGGAGGAGUUGUUCGAACUGGGCGAUACGAUCAACCAGUAUGCCUUCUACGGGCGUUGCCUUGGUUUUCAAUAUGACAAUUCUAUACGCGGCGUGCUGCGUUUCAUUUCAAUUGGCAUGGCGAGCUUCUCGGAGGUGUUCUAUGCUGAAACCGAAGGUAAAAUAACGAAGACGACGCGUGGUCUGUGGACGGGCAGCAAAUACUUUCUGAAUCCCGAACAAUGCGCGCGACGCAUCGUGAAUAUUUCACAGAAUGCGAAAAUCGAUUUUUGCAAGGCAUUUUGGUUUCUCGCCGAAUCGGAGAUGAUGCAUACCAUACCGACUAUUGUCGGCAGUUCGGUGAAGGUGAAUCGUGUGAUUGAAAUACCAUCAGAGCCGUUGCAGUUGCCGCGUGCCAACAAGUCACAAAAACUACGUACUGCAACCGAUGUGAAUCAAAAUGACAAUGCCGAACUGGUUGAUAUACCAUUGCCAAGCGCACACAUUGGGCCCGGCAAUUCGGUACGGGUGCGCUUGCUGAGUUAUACGCGUCGCGAGGGCAUGAUCGGUGAGGGUGUGUUCGCACGCAGUUGGCGUCGACUACCGGCGCGCAGUCGCAGCGUGCUGUUCCAUUGCCAUGGUGGCGGUUUUGUGGCACAAUCAUCGAAAUCACACGAGCUCUAUCUGCGCGAUUGGGCUGCGGCGCUCGACGUGCCGAUCAUUUCGGUGGAUUACAGUCUCGCACCGGAGGCGCCCUUUCCACGCGCACUCGAGGAAGUAUUUUACGCUUACUGUUGGAUGUUGCGCAAUGCCGAGCAUUUAGGCACGAUGGCUGAGCGCAUUGUGCUGGCCGGCGAUUCGGCGGGUGCAAAUCUUUGCAUUGGUGUGGCACUGAAGUGCAUUGAGCAGGGUGUGCGUAUACCGGACGGUCUGUUCUUGGCCUACUGUCCGAUCUUAAUUAGCUUCGUGCCUAGUCCGGCGCGUCUAUUGUGCCUCAUGGAUCCGUUGUUGCCUUUCGGUUUUAUGAUGCGUUGCUUGCGCGCUUACGCCUCGCCCGAACGCGAGCAGAUGGCGGAGAAUGCAAAGCAUGUGGCCGAAAUGUCCGACAUACGCAAUGCAACGCCGUCACAUGAGCGGCAUUUCACUUUGCAAAUGGAAAAGGAAUAUAGUGCGGCGUCCAGUAGACGCACAUCGGCAGCGAAGAGCCCGUUAUCGUCGGUGGCGGAGAACUCCAAGUGGGAACAGAUGUUGAAAGACGGCACCGCCUUGGAUGUGAAUGCUAUGGAGGCAGAUGCUGAUACAGAAGAGAGCAGUGAUACGUUUGCGAGCGCCUCGUAUCAUAGUCAGACGGUUGAACGUACCGAUUUACCAUCGGCCGAAGAGGACAACAGUCUUUGCGUUUCUUUCGAAGACGAUUCACAGCCCAUCGUGCACUAUCCCAUACAACUUACAGCCGAGCCGCAAAAAGAUUCGGACUCUGAGCAGUAUAUAGAUCGCUUUUUGGACCAAUAUCUCAUCGAUACAAAUACGCAAGAGGCCACAGAGCAGAAAGUGAAUGGUUACAAAGUGAUCAAUGGCACAACAUACCCAAAUUGCCUGGCGCCAACAAUAGCGCGCACAGCAUCCGAAGAGAAUAUCAUCAUUGAUACGGGCAAAGAAGUGAUUGCCUUUGAAACGCUGCAUGGACGUUUCAACAAUGCCUUCAAUGCGCUUACAACGACCUUCGAUCGUUACACCAAAUCGACUGAGAUACGCGGCGAUGCGGUGCAUGGCGAGCGCAUAAAAGAUUUGCGCAACAUGGACGCGUUGAUCGCGCGUAGCCCCAGCUUAGAGUUUGCCUUUCAAGUGCCAAAAGAUCCAUUCCUAUCGCCCUAUUGGGCAAGCGAUGAAUGGCUCAAGCAGUUGCCAACCACAAAGAUUUUGACGCUCGAUAUGGAUCCCUGUCUCGAUGACUGUGUCAUGUUUGCGCGCAAGCUAAAGAAAUUGGGUCGUCCGGUGACAUUGGAGAUAUUGAAGGGUCUGCCACACGGUUUUCUCAACUUUACUAUGUAUUCGAGCGAGGCGCGUGACGGCUCCAAGCAUUGCAUUGCAAGCCUUAAAGAACUGCUGUCGAUUCCGGCAGAUGUGCCAUUAAAUGGUCAUGCCACAGACAGUAAAUAAUUAAUGUUUAGCGAGUUUCAUAAUAUUUUUACGAUAUAUACACAAUGAAGUACUUUAUAAAUUAUUAA